AUGGGUAGGGUUGCGAUCUGGAUCGCGUGCGUGCUGCUCCUGGCGGCGACAUGCCAGGGCAAGGGGGCUCCGGGGCAUAGGGUGAGGGUCGGCUACUACAACCGGAAGUGCCGCGCGGCGGAGAGCAUCGUCAGGGACGUCGUCGGCAAGGCCGUCUCCCGGAACCCCGGCCUCGGCGCCGGCAUCAUCCGCAUGGCCUUCCACGACUGCUUCGUCCAGGGCUGUGACGCGUCGGUGCUGCUGGACGCGACUCCGGCGAACCCGCGGCCGGAGAAGCUCGGCCCGCCCAACUUCCCCAGCCUGCGCGGCUUCGAGGUGAUCGACGCUGCCAAGGCGGUCCUCGAGAGGGUCUGCCCUAGAGUCGUCUCCUGCGCCGACAUCAUCGCCUUCGCCGCACGCGACGCCGCCUUCUUCCUCAGCAGCAGCCUGAUCGACUACAAGAUGCCGGCGGGGCGGUUCGACGGGCGCGUGUCGCUUGAAACUGAGGCGCUGCAGUUCCUGCCCCCGCCCUUCUUCAACCUCACGCAGCUCGUCGACAGCUUCAAGGCCAAGAACAUGGACGAGGACGACCUCGUGGUGCUCUCCGGCGCGCACACCAUCGGCGUGUCGCACUGCUCCUCCUUCACCGACCGCCUGCCACCGAACCCCUCCGACAUGAACCCGGGCCUCACCAGGCUGCUGCGGAGCAAGUGCCCCGUCAGCCCCAACUUCACCAACGACCCCACCGUGGUGCAGGACAUCGUCACCCCCAACCGGAUGGACAACAUGUACUACACCAACCUGCUCAAGCGGAACGUGCUCUUCAUCUCCGACGCGGCGUUGCUCACGUCGGGGAAGACGGCGACGAAGGUGAUGGAGAACGCGUUCAACCCCGGGAGCUGGGAGAAGAAGUUCGCCAAGGCGAUGGUCAAGAUGGCUGCCAUCGAGCUCAAGACCGCUGCCAACGGCGAGAUCAGGAGGAACUGUAGGAUCGUCAACAAAUAG